GAAACGAGGAUGGUGGAAAAAGGACAAGAAGCUCACAUGAACAGAACCAGAUGAUUCAUGGGGCCCAGUGGAUGAGUAUUACUCUCCUCACCCAUAUCUCCAUCAAUCUUAUGAGGGGAGCUUUCGCCUUUUUAUCGCCUUCUUCCUUUUAAUUUCUUCAGAAUAUCUUCAUAACUAUACAUGCAUCUCUCCAUACAACACUGGAGCCUUUAAGCUUCGAGGGAGGAGGAGCAUUUUAUCAGUUAAGUUAGGUAAAACCCACCCUCCAUAUCCAUAUUAGGUCAAUCACAGCGGCAAAGCAGACUAACCCUUUCGCCUCCUCCUCCUCCGGUUUUCUUCUUCAGGAAAUUAGGGUUUCUAUUGCUCAUUUCAAAGGGGGAGAGAGAGAGUAAAGAGUGGAGGCCUCCUGGUGUUUUCUCCGGCAAGGCGACUUCUUUUCUCCGUGCAAUUUCCACGGCGACCAUAAAGAUUGAUGAAGAAAAGCAACACCAAUCACAGAUACAGCAGCAGCAGGCGCAUCGGAUCCGCCAGAUCUUUCAUUUCCGGUUCUUUAGAGAAACAUUUCUGAGUUCAACACCUGGUUUUGUUCAUCUGAUUCUAGCAGAAGACUUCUGAAAGUGGGAAAGAUAUCAGAAUCCGAAAGUGGGUCGCCGUGAGUUUCAUGCAAAAGGGCGAAUUAUAGUGCAUCACCAGUAGCAGCAGAGGCACAAAGGGAUCUGAAAUUAACUUGCCCGAGAACAUGAUGAACCUUUCGGCGGCGAAAAUACACGAAGAAGAAGAAGCAAAGGGCGUGCAACCAGGAGGAUCAUCAAGUAACAUUGAGAAGGAACACAUGUUCGAUAAGGUCGUGACGCCAAGCGAUGUCGGGAAAUUGAACCGCCUCGUAAUCCCGAAGCAGUACGCGGAGAGAUACUUCCCCUUGGACUCGUCCUCCAACGAAAAAGGAUUGCUUCUCAACUUCGAGGAUCGGACAGGAAAAUCAUGGCGGUUCAGGUACUCCUACUGGAACAGCAGCCAGAGCUACGUCAUGACAAAGGGAUGGAGCCGCUUCGUCAAGGACAAAAAGCUCGACGCCGGAGACAUCGUCUCAUUCCAACGAGGUGUCGGAGAAAUCGGCAGGAACAGUUUGUUCAUCGAUUGGGGGAGACGACCAAAGGUCCCCGACCCUACAUCCAUCGCACACUUCGCUGGAACCAUGUUCCCUAGGUUUUACGCUUUUCCUCAGCCCGUCGUCACCAUUCCCAGAAACUACGGGAAUUUCCAGAGCUUCAACCGCGAAAGUUACAAUCUUUCGUAUCAGCAUCGUCAUCAUUAUCAAUUUCCGCGAGAUUUGGGCUAUGGGUAUGGCAAUUCCAUGGGGGGAUACUACGUCAGGUCACUGGAGAGGAAUCCGGUGGCUGUGGCGGAGGAGGCAAUCGUAAUCGAAUCGGUGCCGGUGGUGCACAGAAGAGCUCAGCCGGUUGUUGCGGCGGCGGGGAAGAGGCUGAGGCUGUUCGGAGUGGACAUGGACUGCGGGAGUACGAACAGUUGUACGGAUCAGGAAGAAUCUUUGUCUUCCGGUGGGAAUAUGCCACGUGGCGCAGUGGGUACUGCCACUUCAUCGUCGCUUCAGCCGAGGCUCGCGAGCAGCGGGAAGUCUUCGAUGGUGGAAGCAGCUGAUGAUCAUCGCUUCUCCAAAAAAGGAAAGUCUUUAUCCAUUUGCAUCGGUGAAAAUCACAAUAUACAUAUAUGAAUCGUAGAUAGAUAUGAUCAAUUAUAUACGUAUAUAGAGAGAGAGAUCGGAGGUGGUAUAUGACACCAGAAUGCAUCAUAAAGAUUCAAUUUUUAUGAUAUUUUCAAGAAAUAACACUCUAAGAAAGGUUGUGGGAAGAGGAAUUUGGAAUGAUUUGAUUCAGUUUACAACUCAGUAGAAGCUGGUCUUUGUUUGAUUCUAUUGUGGUUCCAAAGCUUGAAGUCGAAAGCUUUGGCACAAAUCGUGUACAUAGCAACUAGGAUAUGAAAGCUUCGGAAUGUAAUUGCGUACAAUAUGAAUUCACACGCAUCUUUUCAUUGAUAUAAUUUAAAAAGCUUUAAGUUAA